CAGAAUCAUAAUCUUUGCUUCUUUUGUUUGGAUAUAUGUAAAUUCCAAGCUCCCAUCGCUUGCUAUGCUGCAAGUGCUCCCAUUAUCUUUUUUGAGCCAUCCUGCAGACGGAACUGUCCAUUAACGAUGCCCUCUUUUCGGCUAACGGUCUUCUUCGCCCUCAGCUAUGCCUCCAACGGCGUGCUCUGUCAGGGAACUGCAUACAAUGUUCCGCCCAUGGCGUACCGGGGAUGCGGUAUGCUAUAUAAUACCGCGGCGAUUAUUGUAGCGCGAAACGGGACCGGCAAUGGGCCAAAUGUUUGCCAAAAUUUAUGCCUAGCUAGUACAAGGGAGUUCGCUCUCCUUCGCGAUACAUAUUGCUACUGCUCCAUAAACGGGCUCGACGUCAGAUUCGUUGACACGGUUGGCGUUGUUGAUAGCAACUGCAACUAUAUCUGCGACGAGGCUCCUCCCUCGGGUUCUCCGAAUGCAAACUGUGGUGGAAAUACGGGAAAUCAACUUUUGUAUUCUGUUUAUGGCACGAGAGCGGUGCCCGUCGGCUUGACGUCUCCUUCCUCGUCGACCACCUCUACCACGUCCUCAACCUCAUCUUCAUCGUCCACAUCUUCCUCAACCGACACCACCUCGUCUACGACCAUAUCCACCUCGUCUACGACCUCACCCACCUCGUCUACCUCAUCUUCAUCCACCUCAUCCUCAACAGACUCGACCUCGUCCUCGUCUACUUCAUCGGUGUCCACCUCAUCCUCAUCGUCCACAACCUCCCCUUCGUCCUCAUCCACCUCGACGACAUCAAGCUCAUUCGACUCUUCCACGUCCACUACUACGUCUACCUCAUCUUCGUCAUUGUCGUCAUCAUCCUCCACCUCUUCUUCAACGUCAUCCUCAUCAUCAUCCUCACCCUCUUCUUCCUCGACAACAUCCUCGACAACUUCCUCGACAACAUCCUCGACAACAUCCUCGACAACAUCCUCGACAACAUCCUCGACAACAUCCUCGACGUCCCUUUCCUCUACGUCCUCCUCGCCAACAUCAGGCACUCCGCUUACAUCACCUUCGACAACGGUAUCCUCGUCACUAUCAACAUCAUCCACACCCUCAUCCUCACCGACUGGGACCACUUCAUCUUCCUCCCCCUCUUCCUCCAGCACUACAUCCUUGAGCACCUCGCCUACAGGUUCGCUUAGCAGCAAUUCAGCUUCUAACACUGCGACAUUAAGUUCGUCAUCAAGUACCUCAGUCACAACGCCAGUGACCUCAAACACCAUCCCAGGUUCAUCAAGCACCAGCAAUUCUUCUACCAGUCUUACAACACCUAGUCCUGUUUCCACCAACGCAUCAGGAAGUCUCUCAACUUCGACUUCUACUUCACCAACCCGAUCAUCAUCUCCGAGCUCCACCUCCUCGUCAAUAAGUCAAAUCUCGACAACUAGUUCCUCAACGAAUAGCCAAGCCACCAGUUCCAUCAGCACCCCGAGUGAAACUGCAACAACCUUUCCAUUUAGCUCAGUAGGAUCGCAGACACAAUCGGGCACAACCAGCACCUCAUCUUCCUCAAUAUCAUCAUCAACCUCGAGUGCAUCUACAACAAGCUCUCCUGUUCUGAGAGAGCUCUUUCUUCUCACUGUCUUGCCGCCAUCUACUACGUCUACCGUAUGAAGUUCGCACGGCUCUCUAGUAGCAUUUAGGGGAAGAUAGCUGGGCGGUCUUUUCGUAGUGAGUUUCGACGGGACAGAUUGUCCUAGGCCUGGAGAUGUUUGGCGCAGGUCCGUCAGGUUUGGCGCAUCAUUCGUGAUGAUCGCCAAAUAUUGGACACUAU